AUGGCCGAUCUAACGUGGGAUGAGCUUUCAAAAGCACGAACGACUGACGUAGGACGUCUCAGAAGACAGGCUUACGCUGGCUCUCCGAAGAGAACAUAUGCCCUGCACUCGUCGUAUACGAAACCAGAAGCCUUCGUCGAAGCGAAUCCAACUUGUGACUGUCAAGCAUACAAUCAAUGUCCUCCUGGACCACCUGGGCAACCUGGAAGACCUGGAGCAGACGGUGAACCGGGUAGUCCUGGCAAGCCUGGAGCGCCCGGACUGUCUGGAAUUGCCCCUCCUGUCACAAUCAAUGCGGAGCAAGGCUGUCGAGUUUGCCCUCCUGGGCCACGUGGCCCUCCAGGACCUCCAGGUCAGCCUGGAGUGACGGGAGACGAUGGAAUGCCAGGAAAUCCUGGUCGAAAUGGCGAAACAGGAAGGGAAGGAUAUCCUGGUCAGCCUGGAAUUCCUGGAGAAAGCGGCAAACCAGGACGAGUUGGAGACCCGGGUGCUCCUGGUAGAGACGGUACGCGUGGCGUUAAAGGACCUGUCGGAGAGAAAGGGGAUCCUGGACCCCAAGGACAGAAAGGUCCAGCUGGAUAUCCGGGACGAGACGGACAACGUGGAAACGACGGUGAGGCUGGGCCAUCUGGACCACCUGGGCAAAUGGGAAUGCCUGGAGAGCAGGGUCAACAAGGUAUAGCUGGAGCUCCUGGACAGCCCGGACCGGAUGGAUCCUACUGCAAGUGUCCAGAACGAAGUCUUGGUGUUAACAAAGUAAGGCCUACGGUCGCACAACCGUCAGCGUACAAAACGGCAGCACCAUCUCGUGUAAGGCGUUCCACUUCGAUUCCAUAUAAUCUUUAA